AUGAGUGCUGAAAAUGUUGUUACCAUCUCAAAACAAAAUUUAUUUUAUUUGUUUUUACUGGAGCAUUUGCGUAAAUUUAUUUUUGACAUCAACAUGCACCGUGACAUAAUUUCAAUGGCUGCAGAAAUAAAGGCAACAUUGGAUAAAUACUUCAAAAACAUUGAAGAAAAUUACGUUCAAUCCCAAGCAAUUUUACUCGACCCGCGUUUUAAAAAGUAUGGAUUUUCCAGUAAUAACAAAUUUGAAACGUGUAAAGUAAGCUUGGGAAGAAAACUACAGGAAAUAAAUGUUCAAAAUAUGUCAAACGAACCUGUCGAAGAACUUCCAACUACUUCUACUGUACAAAGUUCGACAAGUACCUAUUUGGAAACAGUUUGA